AUGGAGCAAAAGGAGGCUAUCUCCCUCGAUAAAGCAGCACAUCUCGUUUCUACCUUCGAGCGAUCCUUCCUUCAUAUCCGCCCUACGUUCCAUCCAUCCGGUAUACAAGGAGAGAUUGCAGGCAAGAGUUCGAAUGUUGCUUUCGCAGCCAAGCGAAUUGUGCAAAUUCACAACGCAGAGCUGCGUGCAGAUUGUUGUCAGGUGGUGGUCACAGUCAUGGAUGCUGACACGCAUCUUUCAUGCGAUUACUUCACCGAGAUUCGUCGCCUUCACUACUCUAAUAUUGAGGACGCAGACCGUGCAAUUUACUGCUGUCCCAUAAUAUUCGAUCGCAACUCAAAUGACACUCCCAUCUUGGUCCGAUGCGCCGAUCUUCUAUGGGGAUUCGCAGGGCUCUCCACCAUGUGGCCGGGAACACCCAUUUCUAUCCCCACAUCGGUGUAUUCCCUACCACUUUCUCUUGCAGAGAAGGUCGGCGGUUGGGAUAGUGACCCGACUGCGAUUGGAGAAGACAUGCAUAUGAUGCUCAAAUGUUACUUCGAAACAGCAGGCAACAUCAUCUGCCAGGUGGUAUACAUCCCAGCGAGCCAAUGCAAUGUCUCAAGUGACGGUAGCCGCGGUUGGACACGAACGAUGGAUACUCUUAUCGCUCGAUAUCGCCAGGCGCUGCGACACAUGUGGGGCGCGCUUGAUUCCGGCUUCGCGGCACGACGAACAUUCGGCUACCUCCGCUUCCACAAGCGGUGCUCAUUCUUGAGUCUGAGGCACUUUGCACUUUCGCAUUUGCUUUGGGAGGCGCACUUUUUACCAUGUCAUCUGGUUAUCAUCAUGAUUUUCUCUGUGCUGUAUACAGUCUUGACACCUGCGUCGCAGCUGCAUCCGACUUUGGCACGGGCUUUUUUUAUCAAUGAUGUCCUGCGAACAUCAGCAUUCCUUGGGAUGAAUUUCUGUAUUGCUUUGUAUGAUCGGUGGCAUACGAUUUGUCUAAAAUCGCGGAUGAAGGAUAUGUAUGUAGCUAAUGUGCCGGACACGGGCUUCUCCCCCCGUGUCUGGUAUAAGCCGCAGCACCUUCUGGAGAGAAUCUGCUUCCCGAUUGCUGGAACACUCUAUGGUGCUAUUCCAGCUUUGCAUGCGGUGUUCUCUCACUUCUUCACCGAUCGACUGGUGUAUCGCGUUAGCAAGAAACCAACCUUCAGUCUAGAGGCCGUGGGUUUGGCAUGA